CUUUCAAACAAUUUAUACUGAAAAGUUUAAAAUAAUAAUUAGCAGCCUUCCCCUUGUGGUUGCUCUUGUGAGCUUUUUCAGAUUUUAGGUAAACCUUUCAAGACAGACACUUUUCACAACCAAAUUAGCCAGAUUUGGAAACAACAUCAUACUAGGAGGGACAGAGGAAUCCAUCUGGAUUCUGGAAAUCAAGAAUCAGAAAAGACCCAUAUGCGGAGAUAGAGCUUGAAGAAGAAGAAGAAAGAUGAGUGUUUCUGUAACUGUGAUGACCUUCAAUCUCCUCGAAGAUCAGCCGGGAGACAGCCCUAACUCAUGGGAGAAGAGAAGGGAUUUGUGUAUAAGUGUUAUCACCAGCUACUCCCCAACUAUUCUCUGUACCCAACAAGGUGUAAAGACACAGUUAGAGUAUCUUCAGCAUGGCCUGCCAGGUUAUGAACAGUUUGGCAUUUCAAGAAAAGGAGCUGAAGACAUUUCAGAUCAACAUUGCACCAUCUUUUAUGACAAACAAAAGGUAGAGCUGAUUGAAGGUGGAACAUUCUGGCUAUCAGAAUCACCAUCAGUCCCUGGAAGCAUAUCAUGGGGAUCCCUAUUUCCAUCUAUUGCUACAUGGGCGACGUUCCAGCUUAAAGGGGUUGAGCCCCCCGGUUUUUCAUUCCAGGUGGUGAAUACUAAUUUGGAUGAGUUAAACCCUCGUGCCCGAAGAAGAAGUGCAUUGCUAACGUGGCAACACAUUGCAUCUUUGCCGCCUAGUUUACCUGUUGUGUACUGUGGAGGAUUUAAUACACAGAAGGAAUCAACUACUGGCCGCUUUCUUCUUGGGAGAUCAAGGGAACAUGGAGUUGUGGGUGAUAUGAGGGAUGCUUGGCCUAAUGCAAGAGUAAGGAAGAAUGUUUCUCUUAUAAGAACUUAUCAUGGUUUCAAAGGUAAUAAGCAGGGAGCUCUCGAGUAUCUAAAGUUGAUUUUUAGGGCUCUUUGUUUGUGCUGGGAUCGACAAACUCAGGAUUUGCACGUUGAUUGGAUUCUUUUUCGAGGAAGGUCUUUGAUUCCUGUUUCGUCUGAGGUUGUUAAUGACCACAUUGAUGGCUACUAUCCUUCCUCUCAUUAUCCAAUAUUUGUCGAAUUUAUGCUUCCCCGUUCUGUCAGACCUCAAGAGGAGUAGUUCUACAAACGUGGAUAACUACCGAGUCCUUUUAUUUGAAGAAUUUUUCAACCUCACUUCUAUCAAAGACAAAGAUUGUUUUUCAGUUAAUGUUGCAAGUUAUUGGUUGUGAUUGUAUGUAUAUAGCCAAUAAUUCAAGAUU